GCCGGUGGGUCUGUGCGCACGCCGAGACCGAAAUGACCAGAUUGCGCGGCGGCCCGAGCGCGCAGGGUUGAAUGUCAACAAACACCGGCGACAUGUCUCACCUCACCUAAGCUCUCAUCUCCCCCCUACCACCUCGUCCACACCCAUCACCAUGUCCCCGCUACCCCUGCCGCCCGCAAAUGCGACGCUCAUCUCCCUGCCCAGCGCGCAGGACAUCUCUUCCCCCGAAUUCUGGACACCGAACGCCACGCAGCGCGCCACGCUCAUCGUGAUGGGCGUGUACGUCGUGGCCAUCGGGAUAUUGUGGCAUGUGCCGCUGCUCUGCGAGGUGAUAUACCCCUUCAAGCUGCUGACCGUGGGGAUGCACGAGCUGAGUCACGCGCUGGCGGGAGUACUGACGUGCGCGCGCAUCGAGAGUAUACAGCUCGAGCCCAACGAGGGCGGGUGUACGCGGAUGCGUGGGGGUGUGCAGUUCAUCGUCCUCCCGGCAGGAUAUCUCGGCUCGUCGUUUAUCGGCGCGGCGCUCAUCGCCUGUGGCUUCGACAUCAACGCGUCCAAGGUCGCAUGUCUCGUGAUGGCCGCGUUCUUCGUCAUCACGCUGUACUGGGCGCGCCGGAGUUGGGUCGCAUACGCCACGUUCAUGUUUACGGCCGUGCUGAUAGUCGUCGCGUGGCUCGUGCACCACAGCGUGGCACUGCGCUUCUUCGUCCUCUUCCUUGGCGUCAUGUCAUGCCUGUACUGCAUCUGGGAUAUCAUCGACGAUACUCUCAAACGCAAAAUCGCGUCGAGCGAUGCCAGCCAGUUUGCCAAGGUCGUCGGGUUCGGAAACUCAUAUGUCUGGGGCGCCUUCUGGCUCAUCAUCUCCAUACUCUUCUUCGGCGCCGGCAUUGCCGUCGGCCUGGCGGUGUUCAAGUCGUCAUGGGAGGACCAGAUGGCCGCCGCCGAGCGGUUCCUCGGAGGCACGCCGUGGUAA